AUGGCUUUCAACAACCAAACACCCACGAUUGUGGUUUUGAAAGAAGGCACCGACUCCUCGCAAGGUAAGGGCCAGAUCCUCAAUAAUAUCAAUGCCUGUUUGGCCAUCCAGGAAACCCUCAAACCGACUUUGGGUCCUUUUGGUUCAGAUAUCUUGAUCAAGUCUGGAAACGGCAGAACCACCAUCUCCAACGAUGGUGCUACCAUCUUGAAGCUUCUAGACGUCGUUCACCCGGCAGCCAAGAUGUUGGUCGACAUCUCUCGUGCUCAAGAUGCUGAGGUAGGUGAUGGAACUACCUCUGUGACCAUCUUGGCUGGAGAGUUCUUGAAGGAGAGUAAAGCAUUUGUAGAGGACGGACUUUCACCACACUUGAUCAUCAAGGGUUUGCGCAAGGCUUGUGAUUUGGCUGUCAACCGUAUCCGUGAGAUCCAGGUGGAGAUCGAGAAGGAUGAUACCUCGAACUUCAGAAACCUCUUGGAGAGAUGCGCCACCACUGCCAUGUCUUCCAAGCUUAUCAGUAACAAUUCCGAGUUUUUCACCAAGAUGGUCGUGGAUGCUGUCUUGUCGCUCGAUGAAGACUUGGACGAGUCUAUGAUUGGUAUCAAGAAGGUUCCAGGUGGAGCUAUGGAGGAUUCCUUGUUCGUCGACGGUGUGGCCUUCAAAAAGACAUUCAGUUAUGCCGGUUUUGAGCAGCAACCCAAGAAGUUUGAUAAUCCAAAGAUUUUGUCCUUGAACGUGGAGUUGGAGCUUAAGGCUGAAAAGGACAACGCCGAGGUUAGAGUGCAACAAGUCGCCGACUUCCAGGACAUUGUUGAUGCCGAGUGGAAGAUCAUCUUCAGCAAGUUGGAGGCUAUCAGUGAGUCUGGUGCUAACAUUGUUCUUUCUAAGCUUCCAAUUGGAGACUUGGCCACCCAAUACUUCGCUGAUCGCAACAUUUUUUGUGCCGGCAGAGUUGGCGCUGAAGACUUGGACAGAGUUAUCAAAGCUGUCGGUGGUGCGAUCCAGUCUACUGUCUCUAGCUUGACUCCAGAGGCUUUAGGUACUUGUGAGCGCUUUGAGGAGGUUCAAAUUGGAGGUGAACGUUACAACUUGUUCCAGGGCUGCCCUGAGGCCAAGACAUGCACAUUGGUGUUGCGUGGAGGUGCAGAGCAGGUCAUUGCUGAAGUGGAGAGAUCUUUGCACGAUGCCAUCAUGAUUGUUAAGAGAGCUGUCAAGCACGGAUCCGUUGUCGCAGGUGGUGGAGCCAUCGAGAUGGAAUUGUCAAAAUACUUGAGAGAAUACUCCAAAACCAUCGCAGGCAAGCAACAACUUGUUAUUCUGGCCUUUGCCAGAGCUCUAGAGAUCAUUCCUCGUCAAUUGUGCGAGAACGCUGGAUUGGACGCCAUUGAGCUAUUAAACAUCUUGCGUAGCACGCAUGCCAGAGGUGAGACCUGGUUUGGUAUUGACUUCCAGAAAGAGGCUGUUGGAAACAAUAUGGACAACUUUAUUUGGGAGCCAUCUUUGGUUAAGAUCAAUGCUCUCCAGUCUGCUACAGAAGCUGCAACUUUGCUUCUUUCGGUCGACCAGACCAUCAAGAACCAGGAUGAUCAGGCUAACGGUGGCAGAGGACAGGGUGCAUUCUAA